AUGGGUAGUGUAUAUACUAAUCUUGGACAGACCCGCCCGACUCGGUCAUCCAUCGGGGAGUUCAUGAGGAACGAGAUCUACGGCCGUUGUCCUAUCUCCAAGAGCCGGAAUCCCUUCACCUGUGGCCUUACCGGCAAGACAUACACUGUUACCGAAUCACACAAGCGCUCCGAUCUCAUUGCCAAGUCAUUGGCCAAGGUCAUGGGCUGGGAGCCCAAUGCCGACUCUCCUUGGGACAAAGUGGUCGCAGUGUUCUCUUUCAAUACCAUCGACUACCUUUCCGUGCUGAAUGCCGUGCACCGCUUGUCCGGUGUCGCUACACCCGCCAAUGUCGCAUACUCGGCAGAGGAGCUAGAGCACCAUCUCAGGUCUUCUGGUGCUAAAGCAUUGUUUACCUGCGUGCCCGUGUUAGAGACAGCGCUCAUGGCUGCCAAGGCAUUGGGGAUACCUAAGGACAAGAUCUUCUUCAUUAAAGCUGUCAUGAUCUCACACCAGAAUGUCAUUGCCAACACGAUGCAGUACUGCAUCUUCGAAAACGUCUCACGAAAGAGCGAGGGCAUCGAGACUCAGCUAACUGUCCAGGUUCCCCCAAUUGUCGUGCGCAUGCUGAGCAGCAAAGACAUGCUCAAAAAGUACGACCUCAGCAGCGUCAGAUUGGUCUUUACAGGAGCAGCGCCGCUCGGAAAGGAGACUUCCGACGAACUCAUCCGUCUCUAUCCAAAGUGGCGCGUCGGCCAGGGUUACGUCGUCGACCGUGGUGUGCUCGACGAGCGAGCACGAUAUCUGCCCUGGGAACCCUCCGGCUCUCUGAUGCCUGGGGCACGGGCGAAGGUGGUCGACCCCGACGGCAAGGAGAUCCACGAAUACGGCAAGCCCGGCGAGCUGCUCGUGCAGUCGCCGUCCGUCACGCUGGGCUACCUGAACAACGAAAAGGCGACAGCCGAAGCCUUUAUCUGGGACGAGGAAGGCUCGGUGGCUGAAGACGGGCGACGAGUCGCCCCCGCCGAGCUCGAAGCGCACCUCCUCGCCCACCCCGCCGUAGACGACUGCGCCGUGAUCUCGGUCCCCGACGCGCGGGACGGCGAGGCGCCCAAGGCGUUUGUGGUGACGCCCGCAUCCAUGGCGUCGCGCAGCGACGAGGAGAUGGCGGCCGAGAUCAUCAAGCACGUACAGGACUACAAGGCGCACUACAAGUGGCUCAAGGGCGGCAUCGAGUUUAUUGAUGCCAUCCCCAAAAGCCCGAGCGGCAAGAUUUUGAGGAGGUUGUUGAGGGAUCGGGAGAAGGAGGCGAGGAGGGCGAAUGGGGCGAAGUUGUGA